AACAGCAUCUCUGUAAACUAUGUGUAUUCACUGAAUUUCACUCUCUGCCUUUAACGGCUCGUUGUAGCUCCAAUAGCUUCAGCCCCCACCCUGAGUCCGGCGCACUUCCUGGGGGCUUGGUGGCAACCAGUGGCAACAGCGCCCCCUGGUGUCUGGUCGCAGAAUGAGCCUUCUCCUGAUUGGUUUACCGGUUGUCAGGAGUGUUUACAGGAAACAUGGCUUCCCGGUCUGUUGGAGAGCUUCAAGAGAUGGAAGUGGACAGAAAGGGUGAGUCUGAAGAGUCUGGUGAUGAUGAGACCAAGAGGAAGAGUAUCAAUGGCAAUGUGGACCCCAAUCAGCCUGCAACCACAGGUAAAGAAGAGUCUCCUGUUGACAUGGACACCAUAACCUUGGACCCAGAGGAAGAGGAUGUUGAUCUUGUUCAUUGUCGUAUUGGGAAUAUUGAAGGUUUGGAGGUCCUACAGAAGUGUAAAACACUCUCCUUAAGACAGAAUCUUAUUAAAAAGAUAGAAAACCUCGACAGUUUGAGGUCUCUGCGGGAACUAGAUCUCUACGACAAUCAGAUCCGCAAACUGGAGAACCUGCAAAACCUUACAGAGAUUGAUCAGCUUGACGUCUCCUUCAAUAUGUUGAGGAAGGUGGAGGGUUUGGAGCAGCUAACUCAGCUGAAGAAACUUUUUCUGCUUCACAACAAAAUUGGCAGCAUUGCCAACCUGGACCACCUCACAGGCCUGGACAUGCUGGAGCUGGGCUCCAAUCGCAUCCGGAUCUUAGAGAACCUGGAUACACUUUCAUCACUGCAGAGUUUGUUUCUUGGCACCAACAAAAUAACUACCCUUCAGAAUCUGGAUGGUUUGCACAACCUGACAGUUUUAAGCAUUCAGAGUAACCGGAUUACUAAAAUUGAGGGCCUACAGAAUCUGCUCAACCUGAGAGAGCUCUAUCUGAGCCACAAUGGCAUUGAGGUCAUUGAGGGAUUGGAAAAUAAUAAAAAGCUUACAACCCUGGACAUCGCUGCCAACCGAGUCAAGAAAAUUGAAAACAUCAACCAUCUGACAGACCUGCAGGAGUUCUGGAUGAACGAUAAUCAGAUCGAUAACUGGUCAGAUCUCGAUGAGUUGAAGAAUGCCAAGUCUCUGGAGACGGUCUACCUUGAGAGAAACCCUGUACAGAAGGACCCACAGUACCGGCGGAAGAUCAUGCUGGCGCUGCCCAGUGUCCGCCAGAUCGACGCUACCUUCAUCCGCUUCUAAACUGCAGUGUAAUUCACCUGCUGAUUCACAGUGUUUUCCCCUAACCCCCCUGCCUUCCCGUCCCACAAAACAAACUUCAUUUUGAAACACGCUGGCCUCACAGAAUCAUAUCGUUACUUCGUACAGAGACACACAUUCCAGCAUUCACCAUCCCCCACGGCUCACGCAACAUAUUGUACAUGUAUGCAUGUAUGCACUCACUCACACCUUGAUCUAUGCUAUUGUGUAAAAGCUUAUUUAUUUAUUAAGCUGGAUAUGAACUGUGAAAAGGAUUUUACCCUAUGCCCAUUUCAUAAUUUUUCCUCUUUUCAUUUGACUUUUGUAGUUUUGCAUGUGGGAGACAGUAUGGAGACAUUUUUCCCCAAUCUUUCAGGGCCCAUCAGGAAAUAAUAUAUCAGUUUUUGUAUAGUUUCAGUUUUGUUUGAUAAAUCACAUUUUUGAGGUUGCACUGCUAUCAUUUAAGAGGAAAGGGAGGCAUUCUUACUGUUUGAGUAAUUAUGUUGAAAGUUAAGGUACACAGUAAAUGAAAGAAGAACUAAACAUUAAAGGGAAAUUCAAUAGUAAAAUAAGAUUUACACAUUUUAAUCCUCCGAAUACUGCUUAUCUUAUCUUUUGGCUUUAUUUAAGCUUCAAGCUUUUCUGAACAAGUAACUGAACGUUACAACCACAAAAAUAACUAAAAUGAAGAAACCUACAAUGACACAAUGCAGCCUUGUGUCUGUCUGCAACUGAUGAAUCAUUUCAAAAUAAACUGCUAUCAUUACAAAUGAGGGGCAAAUCUUGAUGUCCAGCAACCUU